AUGUCUCCCAGACAUCGAGCUUCGGCCGCUCAUCACAUUUCAAUAGUCUCUUCGCCAUCAGAGCCUCGUCGGGCUUCUCGCGGGAGCAUCGAGACCCCAGAGACUCCCGGCCAUGAAAGGAAACGGCGUAGAACAAGUAACUCGGAGCGAAACGCAAAUGAGAUCGAGUCCGUCGAUCUUACAGCAGGGGAGGAUACAAACCCGGUUUCAAAAACACAGGCCAAGCAACGAGCAGAUGUCAUACUCGCGCAACAAUCCCUAGAUAAUGGCGAGGGGCGUUCUGUUCUCACUGCGUACAAAUGUCCGGUCUGCAUGGACACUCCUGUUGAUGCCACUAGCACUGCAUGUGGGCAUCUUUUCUGUCAUAAAUGUAUCAUCGACACUUUAAAGUUUAGCGAAGAACAGCGCGCGGAUACUUCUGGCAAAGGCCCUCGGGGCACUUGUCCUGUGUGCAGGAAACCGCUCUCCAGAAAUGAUUUACCCGGUCCGAAGAGGAACCUCAUACCUUUACAGAUCAAGCUCACUACUCGGAGGAGAAGAGAAGCGAAUGAAUAG